AAUACCUUGAACUUGGAGCCCUCCACACCACCGGCGCCUGCCUGAGCCACCUUGCAGCCCUCACGCGCCUCGCCUCGCUGCACGCCGCCGGCGCGCUGCGCCUGACGCGCGGCGGGCUGGCCGCGCUCGCGGCGCUGCGGCUGCCGCGGCUCGAGUCGCUGUCGCUCGUGGGGCUGGAGGCGGGGGAGGCGGCGUUUUCCGGCCGGACGGACGGGGCGGCACCCUCGCGGCGGGCGGCC